AUGCCAUGUUAUAGAACGCGCGUUGGUUCAGAAGGUGGGGAGGGGCAGGAGCAUGGGCCAGUGUUCCUGAUGGAGCCACCACCGCGUCUUGUGUUCUCAAAUAGUACUGGUUCUAGAGUUUCCUGUGCAGCACAUGGCUUCCCCUCACCGCAGAUAUCCUGGCAGCUACCAGAUGGCACGCAGCUCGAUGAUGCGCCAGGACUAAGACAAGUUUUGGACAACGGCACGCUGGUGUUCCUUCCUUUCCCGGCCGUUCACUACCGACAGGAUGUUCACAGUGCUGUGUACCGAUGCAGAGCAUACAACGCCCACGGCGCUAUUGUAUCCCGGGAUAUGCGUACACAAGCAGUGGUGUGGCAAGAGUGGCAAGCACACGUGACAUCCACUCCAGCCGAGGUGGGUGGACCAGCACUACUGACUUGCGCGGCCCCAGUUUCUUUGAGAGACCAUGCCACCGUCGCCGCUUGGUACAGGGACGAAAGCGUAGUAUCUGCUGGAGAUCAACUUACCGGCCCUACACUGGUUGUGGACGAAGGUUGGAAGCUAGUUGUACGUUCAGUACGUACAGAUGAUUCAAGGGCGCAUUACUCUUGUUCCGUCCUUGAUUCACUGACUGGAGAGCGACGGAGAAGUACACCAGUUAGCAUAGAUGUAUCUCCACUGAGAGUGCCGUCAGCGCCUCGAGCAAUCGUUCACGGAAUAUGGGAAGCAAGCGCGCGACGCGGCGCGGAUGUGUUGCUGCCUUGUCUUGUACACGCCAACCCUCCUGCUACCAUCACGUGGUACCGAGAGACGUCUGGUGGAGCUUUAAGAGAAAUACGCGAAGGUGAAGGUGCAGGGCGGUACAACAUAAUAGCAGACGCACUUAGCAUCCGGCGAGCUGAGUUGAGCGAUGACGGUCGUUGGGCGUGCCGAGCUGCAAAUACCCACGGGCACUUGACUUUGCGACUGCACCUCGCACUGCGCGCUCACCUAACCGUACAUGUACAGCCGCAUACACAAGUAGUAAAUAGUGGUGGGACAGCAAUCAUAAAUUGCACGUGGGGUGGAUGGCCAUCUCCGCGACUGGAGUGGCUUCAUAACGGUAUCCCAGUGAGCACAGGUAUCGCUGGCGGUCGCGUACGUGUACAAAAUGGUGGUGAACAACUUGUUAUAGCAUCCGUACACCGCGCGGAUAAAGGAGUCUAUCAGUGCAUGGCAAGAAAUGAGAGGGAUUCCGCACAAGCGAGUGCUGAAAUCAGAUUGGGAGACACGGCUCCAGAACUUCAAUAUACGUUUAUCGAGCAAGUGCUGCGUCCAGGUCAGGUGGUGACCUUGAAGUGUUCAGCAGCUGGAUCACCUCCUCCCCAUUUUACUUGGAUGUUGGACGGACAGCCACUCAAUACAAUGGCAAGAGGACAUCGGUACAGUGUUGAGCAAUUUGCGACAAAAAGCAAUGACGUGGUGAGCUACUUGAACAUAACUGCAGUGAGAUCAGAAGACGGAGGCCUAUACACAUGCCGAGCCGCCAACUCAUUGGGAGAAAUCUCGCAUACAUCUCGUCUCAAUAUUUAUGGACCACCAUAUGUGAGAUCAAUUGGACCAAUCAGAGCAGUUGCAGGCCGGGAACUGGUGCUGUACUGUCCUUAUUCGGGCUACCCAAUAAGUUCAGUAAAAUGGGAACGUGAUGGUAAUCAAGUGGAAUGGGAUAGCAGCGUCACAGGAGCUUUGAGGGUCGCCCGAGUGGAAGCAUCACAUGGUGGGGCUUAUACUUGCGCAGUAACAGGACCGCACGGGGAACUCGCUCGGAGGGAACUUCAGCUCGUUGUCUCCAACCCCCCUGAAAUAGAGCCUUUUUCAUUCUCUGCUAAUCUUCAAGAAGGAAAGCGAGCUCAAGUCAGUUGUAGCGUUAUCUCUGGAGAUAUGCCGGUGCAUUUCAUGUGGCUGAAGGAUAAUGGGCCGAUACCAUCUUCACUUCAGGUGGAAGAGCGAGGAGCGGAUUUUUUCAGCAAUCUUGUAUUCAAAGAAGUGUCAGCCCGCCACAGCGGUCUGUACACAUGUGUAGCGUCCAACAACGCAGCAAAAGUUAACUAUACCGCCGAGCUGGUGGUGAAAGUAUCACCAAAGUGGGUGACUGAGCCCAAGGAUGAAGCGGUGUUGGCUGGUGAGCCUGUAGCUAUGAAUUGUGAAACUACUGGCUCGCCCAACCCGCAGGUUACUUGGUUAAAACAGAGAGCUGGUUCCACGUCAGAAUACAGUCCGCUGGUGAAUUUGGGCGGGAGAUUUCAAUUCCAUACUAACGGAACUCUAUGGAUAGAGUCGACUCUACCUUAUGAUGAGGGCUACUAUAUGUGCAGAGCGGAAAAUGGAGUUGGCACACCCCUGUCUAAGACUACAUUCUUAGCCGUUAAUGAGCCAGCUCGAUUUGAGUUGACAUCUCAUAAUGUAUCCGCGAGACGCGAUGCGGCAGCCACACUGGCGUGCGAAGCAAGAGGCGAUGCACCAUUACGUCUGACGUGGUCAAGGGCUGUACGACCUUUAGACUUGUCAACUUAUAGAAUAAGUGUAUCAGAAGCAAAGACAGAUGCUGGACUCCGUUCCCAGCUAUACAUAAGUCGGACCGAGCGGCUUGAUUCUGGCGUCUACAAGUGCCAAGCUGUUAAUGCGUAUGGACAUAGCGACCAUUAUAUAUAUCUAUCCGUCCAAGAAAAACCAGAAACACCUCAAUCUCUGUCAGUCACCGAGAUCCUCUCACGCGCAGUACGUUUAUCCUGGAGCCAGGGAUUUGACGGGAAUUCCCCAUUGGAGGCCUACACUAUCCAGUAUUGUGCCCUCUCUGCCCAAGGUGCCAUUCGUGUCUCCCAUUGGGACUCUGCUACCACACUCAACGUGUCCGUCCAUGGGCCUUCACAUGCGCACGUUAUUCUUACAAAGAAGGGAGAUAUUCACUACGAGUCACUGUUAAGCAAUUUGAGGCCACAUACAGCGUAUAUGAUCCGCAUCGCUGCUAUUAAUCAAAUCGAUCGAAGCCCAUAUACAGAGCCCGUUGUUGUCAAAACACAGGAAGAAGCACCAUCGGAAGCUCCAAGUAGCGUUCAAGUGAGUGCUGGUGGGCCAGGUGAACUUCAAGUUAGUUGGCGUGCUCCACCUCGGGAGGCAUGGCAUGGCGAACUACUGGGAUAUUCUGUCACCUGUACUGAAACCGGACAGGAUGGCCUGCUCACUAAUGCCACAAGGACGCUGACUGUUAAUGGAUGGUCUGCAACGGAGCUCAGUCUUUCAUCACUGAAGAAAUUCACGCGAUAUGAAGUGCGAGUGCGGGCAUUCAAUGGAGUUGCUGCUGGUCCGAGUUCUCCACCUGUUACUGCCACAACUCUGGAAGGAGUUCCAGAGUCACCGCCGACACGUGUAUUGUGUUCAGCUCUGUCUUCAUCCAGUAUGAAGGUGUCGUGGAGUCCACCACCACCAGCGAUGCGUGGUGGAAUCAUACAGGGAUAUAAAGUUAUAUAUGCACCACUCACAGCUAACCAUGCUGAUGUUGCCGAAAUUAAGCGCGUGACGACAACAGACACAUAUUUGCACACGUUGCACAAAUACACCAACUAUUCUGUACAAGUGUUGGCUUUCACUAACGCCGGUGACGGAAAGCGCAGUCCACCUGUAUUCUGCAUGACUGAAGAAGAUGUGCCCUCGGCUCCUGAGAAAAUAAAAGCAUUAGCCUAUUCCAGUGAUUCAGUGCUAGUUAGCUGGUUGCCCCCAGUACACCCGAAUGGAGUCAUAUCCCAUUACACCGUGUACUAUAGAGAGGCCGGAAGAUUAGGAAAACACUCAAGUUUCACAGUAUCUGCAGAUAAGAACCAGGAGAUUGAGUUAAUGUUUCAAGUUCGGAAUUUGAUGGAGAAUCAGCUGUACGAGUUCUGGGUGUCUGCUACGACUGGGUCAGGAGAAGGAGAGUCCACCUUAGUAGUGGGACAAGGGCCUAGUUCCAGAAUACCAGCUCGUAUAGCAUCGUUCGGAGGGGCACGUUCCGUUCGGUUAGGUCACAGUACAGUGCUAGCUUGCUCAUGCGUAGGUGUCCCCGCGCCGCGUUCUAGAUGGGCACAUCAUCUCGACCCUGUCACACACCAUCACUACUAUCAAGUUACGCGGGCUGGCCAUCUCCAUAUCAGAGAAGUAAACGAGCAUUCCUCUGGUAACUUCACGUGCACGGCCCAUAACAGCAUAGGAGAAGAUUCCGUCAUCUACGUGGUGAAUGUGGUUCUUCCACCUGGAGCGCCAGCUCUCUCUCUGCAGUACACCACUGCCAGUAGUGUAAAGCUUCAUUGGCGACUUCCUCAUGACUCUACGCCCGUGCUGGGAUACAUUCUCCACUAUAAAGAAGCGGCUGAACCAGAAUGGCACAACGUGGAACUCUCCCCAGAACUAACGUCUUAUACUAUGGACAUGCUGAAGUGUGGGACGACCUACAAUGCCAAGAUCCAAGCGCAGAAUAAAAUAUCUUUGGGACCGCCCAGUGAAGUUCUUACUGCAACUACUAGAGGGGGACGUCCUAAAGCACCAAAACCCGAAGAUCACGUCCACAUGAACUCAACAGCCAUAAAGAUCAACUUCUAUGCUUGGCGAGAUGGUGGCUGUCCAAUACUGGGCUUUCGGGUCGCAUACCGUCCGGCGGGUGACGAACAUUGGAUUAAAGUUGGGGAAACUUUAAGUGCCGCCAGCCAUGUUCUGGGUGACCUAACUCCAGGUACUUGGUACGAGGUGACGGUGGAAGCCUGGAGCGAAGCUGGUAUAGAGCGGGUCACCUUACUCGCUGAUACACAUACACUGGCCGGUGGCCGUAUUCCGCCUUUACAACCAUCAGCGCCACCUUUAGGCAGUCCCAGGUCUGCAGCAUUACGAACAGUGCUUGUAUCUUGUGCUGCCAGCGCAGUGGUUAUUGUUGCCGCUCUUGGGACACUACUCUGUCUUUUACAUGGCAAGAGAAAAUUUCUCUGCUUAUCCAGUGAUAAUUAUUUGAGAGACAACAGGAAGUUAAGUGAGAGUAACGAAGCAGAGAGGGAGAAACUUAGAGAGGGACAGAAGUUAUAUUCGUCUUCUUCUAUCAAUGGCAACGAAAAGUCUACUAAUGAUGACUCCUCAGCUGAGUUAUACGAGAUAAGUCCGUACGCAACAUUUGGAGGUGCGGCAGCGCACUCACUACAGUUUCGCACACUAGCGAGACGCGACGAUGACGCAGCCGCACCGCAUCGACGACGCAGAGCUUGUGAUCACUAUCGAUAUGAUGAAUCAAGCCUAUCAAAAUGCUCUACGGUAGAGGCAAGACAUCGUCUCAGAGCACCGCCCGCACCGCCUGGAUGGCGUGAACGGUCUGAUUCCGAUGAUUACAGUGACAGCGCUGCUAAUACUACCACUAAAGGUUCGGGUGGGUCAGGCGGUGGUAGCGCAUAUGGCAGCGGGCGGCGCACUGCCAGCAGGUAGACCAGCGGAGGCCCGGCCGGGGGCGAUGGCCUCUCCAGCUGCUUCGCCCCAAUACCCCCUGAUAUAUCUUCAUUAAUAGAUAAAUACCAACAACGUAAGGAACAAGAAAGGCGCGAAUGUACAAUACACGUGUAACAUUCCACUGUCCAGUAUAUUAUAGUUUUUAUACAAAGUUAUAAGUAGUUCUAUAGACCUAAACCCUUGCUAUUGAACCUGCCAACUAGAUUUUCGGUAAACGCAUUUUGCUCAAAACUGCUUAUUUCAAAUCUGUAAGUAUCUUCUAAGGAAUUAUAAGACUGGUGGAUUGAAACCUAAUUGAUUGACUAGACCCAUGUAUUUGUAAAGUGUACCUCGAGAAGAUUCUAAACUUUUUAGCUUGAGAGAUUUAGUACUUUUAGCGCGUUUAUAAAAUAAAAUUGUACUAAUUCUGAUUACUCCUACUGCCUAAAAUUUAAACAGUUUCUUAUCAUCAUUGAAGUUCGAAUUAAAAACUGAUAGCAUUAUAAAAUUGAUAAAGGUUUUAUUCCGUUAAUUUAAUUCGUUAUGUCACUGGUGAUUAUAGUAUAAUUUUAUCUAGUACAUUAGAAUUAGUAUUAUUACAGUGUUGCAAGUAAAGGAUUUAGAAAUUUCAAUAGUGAUUGCGAAAAGUCUACUAUUUUCACGUAUUCGAUACAUGAGUAAAUAUGUAUACUCAUAAUGUUGAUAAAAUAGUUUAUACUAGAGUGGGCCUAUGAACACAUUGCAGCCCGACCAAAUAUUCCGAAAUUAAGGAAGAAUCAUUAGGAAUUCUGUGGAGGCAAAAUUUCCUCAAAACGCUUAUAGGCUUUGUGUAAUUCUACUUUCAGCAAACGUUUGAAUUUAAGCCGUUUUUAUUUUUACUAACUGGUUGAAAUAUUUUUGCGAUAUGUUUAGAGUUACAACUAUGUGAUCAAGACACCCCAAGUUGUUAUAAAUAUUAUAUGUUGCAAAUAAGAUCAUUAGAUUAAUGUUUUGUAAAUAGUAAGUUAAUUAUUUGCUUAGACAUUUAAAAUAUAUAUUUUGCAAUUCGGCGGUAGAUGUGAUAGUUUAUGCGAGCUACGAGCUUUCUACGUUUUUUUCUUAAUAUAUUAUCUUGUGCUUAGGCGUUAUGCACUAAGUCAUAAUUAGGUUGCUAUCAUUUGUUUUGCGCAUUUAUUAUUAGUGACCACUAUUAGCAAUUUUCUUUUAUUAGAAAUGAUUCCCGUGCAUCGUUAAGAUGUCUUAUUGUACACAGAAAAAUUAAUGAAUGUCUUGGUCAAACCCAGAAUUUAAUUUAACUUAUUUCACAUAAACGUGGUAUUCUAUUUUUAAUAAACAUACUUUAAUUUUUAGUAAGAAAAUUGUCUUUAAAUAUUGUACGUUUAAUGAUUAAUCAUUGUUUUGUGCUUAAUAUACAAUGACGCAGAAUGACAAUGACUCAGCAGUGGCGCAGGUUAGUUAAUGAAUUAGCGCAAUUAGGCCGCGUUUUAUACCCUAUUUUGUUUACAGAGUAUACUUUAUUACUAAAUUUAGUUUGGAGUAAGUCAUGUAUAAAAUUUACCCAUAAUAAAGGCGAGUUCUCGACGUAAACUUGACCCGUUUUCAACCGUGACCUUACCGCUGUGAAAGAGCUUUUGAAUUUAUUUUGCUUCAGCGUAACCUUUCUCCAAAUUUAAUUCCUAACAUAAACUUUUAGGUUGAGAAACAUUAAGAAAUUUAUUUAAAAUGAACAAUAUAUUGCAACGAAACUUCAUUUGGGACGGUACACUAAGAUCCAAUGGCGAUGGUGGUCCCGAUGUUUUUACAUGCGAUUUCCAUACACCUAGAUCAUUCAUCAAUAUCUGCGCUGAUGUUCCAACUAUAUUGCUAUUGUUCAAAAUAAAAUAAGCAAAAUUCAAAAUAUUUCUGGGGUAAGAAUGAUAGCGGAAUACUUAAUAUAGUGUAUCUGCGAUUCAUCUACAAAUGCUGUCGACCAAUCAAAAGCGGUUUCGUCUUUUUUUUUUUACAUUCUCAACCCAGUAUAUGCACUCUGACAUUAAAAAACUUUUUUAUGGGAUGCGUAAUUAUUUGCUUGCUUAUUUUAUAUGGACAUGUUCGUAGGCUGAUAAUAUAAGUACUAAAUACGCCAAUUAUAACGUGAAAUUGUAAGAUAAUUCCUAGUUCUUAAGUACGGCUGUUCCAAACUGCAAAAGAUACAUAUCAUUAACAUAGACUGCUAAAAUAAGAGAUUCGUAAUUCUUUUACUGUAUUGUUGGUUAAUUAGUUGUUAGCAUAUUAUACACUAUUGUAUAAAAUUCUUUCUAUAUACAUGUUGUGUAAUUAAAUUAUUAAUAGAAGAAGAAAGGAAUAAAGUGCGUGUU